AACAUUUUAUUUACGAAUCAAUCAGCUGAUGAGCUAUUAAAAGUUUUGCGCGGUUUCAAAAAAAUGGCUAGUGAGGAAUUAUUCAGUGCCGAAAUUUCCGAGGAAAUUCUAGAUAAACAAGAUAAGGAGGAGCAAUUGGAAAUUGUGGAUGAAGAAUACGAAAUUGUGGCUGAAGUCAAAGAAAUUGAAACAGAAGGUGCCGAUAUAACACAACCGGCUACCUCCGGAAAGGUGAAUUCCACCAGUGAAAAUGGUGGACCAGAAGUGCGCCUAUUUCAGUUGCCACUAACACGUAUCAGGAAUUUAAUGAAAUUAGAUCCAGACAUGAAUAUUGCGUCGACCGAAGCCGUAUUUCUUGUGACACGAUCAACAGAACUCUUUAUAGAAUCGUUGGCGCGAGAGGCUUUUUCAUACACAACACAAUCGAAAAAAAAAACAGUGCAGAAACGUGAUGUAGACUUGGCUAUUUCUUCAGUGGACAGCCUCAUGUUCUUAGAUGGCGCCAUGAAUUUUUAGCAUCUAGUACUUCAAUAAUGCUGUAUAAAAUGGUGUUACUUUUAUAUUAAGCGAUUAUUAAUAAAUUUAGUGGAAGAAAAAUGGCUAA